AUGGAAAAAAGAGCAUAUAAUGAGUGCUGUUACAAAAUGCUCUCUAUCCUAAACACGCUAAAAGACUUUUCGCUGGGAAAAACAGAGCUUGAAAACAACCUCACAGAGCUGAAUAGACUUAUAACUCUUGUGACAAAUGAUCAGGAGGUCUGUCCUGUGCACAUAGAGAAAGUGGGUGAUAAAAAGUACAUAAUUAAAAAUACACACAUAGAAGAACAAGACGGAGAGGUAAAAAUACUAAAAACGGAUAUACUCCAGCUGUCUUCCUACUUUCAGACUCUUCCACUCAAAAAACAGCCGAUUGAGGAGGCGUUGGAGUACAUAAAAACAGUAAAUGAGAACAGAGUAUGCAUGGUCUGUCUUAGAAGAGCAAGUGAGAGCACGCUUCUAUCUCCGCUCGUCAUGAGAAAAAAAGAAAAUGAAAUUCUCAUGUACCAUGUAGAAUGUGCAGAAGAGAGCCCUAGCUACCUAAAAUAG